AUGGAACCGAUGAAAGCCGCUUUCGAAGUCCCUCGCGAUGACAUUGACAGCGCACAUCAAAUCCUGAAGGCGUUUGGCACUUGGCAGAGCGAGACGACCGAAGUACUUGUGUGCGGUUCGAGAGGAACCGAAGAGUUUUUGCACAGCGUCCCCGCGUUCGGCCCCUGCUUUCGCUUGCAUACUUACGCGCGAGCAACGCAUGGAAGCGAUCCUCCAUCGGAAGUGACUAGCUCGCUUCAUUUCGGAUCAUCGAAAGGAACUGACGCAUUGCAGUUUCCACUAGAUUGUAGCUCGUCUCUGCGCUCGCACAGGAUCGUACAGCAAAAGCACCGGGUAGUCAGCGUCCAGAACAUAAGCACCGCAUUCACGUCUCAUCCAUCACAUGAUCAGGAUCGAGCAAAUCAGGAGCUUCGUCUUCGUCGCCCUGAGCUGCGGUAG